AUGGUUGCGAUCAAUACUGGGGUGAUCUCUGAUUCUGCUGCACCUUUUGGAGGUAUCAAGCACUCUGGUAUGGGCCGCGAGGGUACUAUGUGA